GAACCGACUGGAUUUGCCUUCAGAGAUCAAACAUCAGAGAGGAUAUCUGUAACACGAGCGUCUUUACAAAACUGUCCUCUGCCCCAACUCCCACAGCAUUCACAUGGAAAUGUCUUACUGGAAUAUCCAACCUUUCCGCAGACUCUGACCUCCUCAUUCUCAAUUCUGUAGCUCCAUCACCAGCACUUCGCGUUGUGAGGGUGCUUUUUUUGCGGGGACUGUGAAUGGCAGCCAAUCAGAAACACAGAUCUCUCCGCUCCAGCCUUUCUGCUUUUCAGAGCUAAAAAGUGAUGCAGAGAGGCAGCUAGGGAGCAGACUGCAAGGCUUUCGAUAAAGGCUUAGUGUAACUGCUGCAGUGAAAGGAUACACAUCACUUUACUUGUCACCGUUUUUCUUAUAGGAAUUUGAACUGUUUUGAGUGUAAGGUCAUCUGGGAAAGGAUGGUUGAAACAGACUGAAGACUACAUGGUUGAACUAAUUUCCUUGACUGAAGACGUGUCUAGAUAGAAAUUGGAUUCUAAUAAACUGGAUGCAAUGAGAACUUGCUUAUUUUUAGUGCUUUGGGUUUGCCUGUCCCAUCUAGGUGAUGCAAAAGUCUUUAUUAAAAGGACUACAGGGGACGGGGUUGCACUAAGGCGUUCAAAACGAGGAUGGAUGUGGAAUCAAUUCUUCUUACUUGAAGAAUACACAGGAACUGACUAUCAAUAUGUUGGCAAGCUUCAUUCAGACCAAGACAAAGGAGAUGGAAGUCUGAAGUAUAUCCUCUCUGGAGAUGGAGCGGGCAGUUUGUUUCUUAUUGAUGAAAACUCUGGUGAUAUCCAUGCUACUAAGAGGCUUGACAGAGAAGAAAAGGCCUACUACGCACUCCGGGCUCAGGCUGUGAACAAGAAGACAGGCCGUCCAGUGGAGCCAGAAUCAGAAUUCAUCAUUAAAAUUCAUGACAUUAAUGAUAAUGAGCCAAAGUUUACAAAGGAAAUUUAUACAGCCAGUGUCCCAGAAAUGUCAUAUGUUGGUACGUCUGUUGUGCAGGUCACAGCGACUGAUGCUGAUGAUCCUACUUAUGGGAACAGUGCAAGAGUUGUCUACAGUAUUCUACAGGGGCAACCGUACUUCUCUGUUGAGCCAGAAACAGGCAUUAUCAGAACAGCACUUCCCAACAUGAACCGAGAGAACCGGGAGAAUUACCAUGUGGUGAUCCAGGCCAAGGACAUGGCAGGACAGAUGGGUGGAUUAUCAGGGACGACAACAGUCAACAUCACCCUCACUGAUGUGAAUGACAAUCCACCCAGAUUUACUCACAAUACCUAUCAGUUCGGUGUUCCAGAAUCUACCGAGGCAGGAUCACCUGUGGGGAGGAUAAAGGCAGAUGAUGCUGAUGUUGGCAGAAAUGCUGAAGUUGACUAUACUAUCAUUAAUGGGGAUGGACUGGACAUGUUUGAUAUCACUACAGAUAUGAACACACAAGAAGGAGUGAUCACAGUGAAAAGGCCUUUGGACUAUGAGAAGAAGAAGAUAUACACACUGAAAGUGCAGGCAGAGAACACCCACCUAGAUCCAAGAUUUCUGUCACAAGGUCCCUUCAAAGACACCGCUACUGUAAAAAUCACUGUUGAAGAUGUUGACGAGCCACCAAAUUUUGAAAGGGCAAGUUACAUCAUGGAUGUUAAGGAAGAUGCGGUAAAUGGCACUGUCAUUGGAUCUGUUAGCGCUGAAGACCCAGACAUUACCAGUAGUGCCAUUAGGUAUUCCAUUGAUCGUCACACAGACUUGGAAAGAUUAUUUAACAUCCAUCCUGGGAAUGGAUCAAUCUUUACUCUCAGGCCUCUUGACCGGGAGGAAUUUGCAUGGCAUAACAUUUCAGUGAUUGCAACAGAGUUCAGCAACCCCAAACAGGUCAGCCGAGUUCCCGUUUUCAUCAGGGUGCUGGAUAUCAAUGACAAUGCCCCAACGCUUGCCACUUACUAUGAGACAUUUGUCUGUGAAAAUGCGAAGGCUAACCAGCGGAUACAAACAGUGAGUGCAGUAGAUGCUGAUGACCCUACUGGUGGGCACAAAUUUUUCUUCAGCUUAUCACCAGAAGCCUCUGUCAAUGCAAACUUCACAGUCCGAGAUAACAGAGACAACACUGCAGGAAUCCUUACAAGGCGAAGUGGGUUUAGUCGACUGGAAAGAAGUACCUACCUUCUGCCUGUGGUGAUAUCGGAUGGGGACUACCCCAUGCAGAGCAGUACAAACACACUGACUGUUCGUGUGUGCACCUGUGACAAGGAGGGGAAUAUGCAAUCCUGCAAUGCUGAAGCUCAGAUGCUGCCUGCUGGACUCAGCACUGGGGCCUUAGUUGCCAUCCUGCUCUGCAUCAUUAUUCUUCUCAUUAUAGUGGUUUUGUUUGCUGCCCUGAGGAGGCAGAAGAAAAAGGAGCCUCUGAUCAUCUCCAAGGAAGACGUCAGAGACAACGUUGUCAGCUACAACGAUGAAGGGGGUGGUGAAGAGGACACCCAGGCCUUUGAUAUUGGGACGCUGCGAAAUCCCGAAGCCAUUGAGGAUAACAAGCAGCGCAGGGAUAUCAUUCCAGAAUCUCUUUACCCUUCUCGACGAACUGCGCUCACCCGGGAUAAUGCAGACGUCAGAGACUUCAUAAACCAAAGGCUGCAAGAAAACGACACAGACCCAGCUGCUCCUCCUUAUGACUCCUUAGCAACGUACGCCUAUGAAGGCAACGGCUCCGUAGCUGAAUCCCUAAGCUCUCUGGAGUCGGCAACCACAGAGGGGGAUCAAGACUACAAUUACCUCAGCGAGUGGGGGCCCCGAUUUAAGAAACUGGCAGAGAUGUAUGGGGGCGAGGACAGUGACAGAGAUUCCUAACUUGAGUUGUCAUACCGGGGAGAACAAUACUGCACUGGCGCAGAACGUGACCAUCAAACAGCGCGGACGAUAAUGCAGCCACUGUUCUACAAAGUGCCCUUUUACAGUAAUCAUCCAAUCCUUGGGAAUCCAUGGUGAACAAGCAGUAGGUUGGAGGAUCUGGUUUCAGUCUGCAGUUUACGAAACUGCCAUUUCUGGAUAGAUACAUUUCUUCAAGUUGCUUUGCUGUGUUCAGUUUGAUCUUAAUUUUUUUUUUCUUUCUUAAGCUGCCCAUUCAGACAUGCUGUGGAAGGGCAGGAAUUUUUAUAAACUUACAUCCACUAUUGUUCAUAUUUAUCUUGUUUCUGAGAUAUAUUUGAAUAUUGCAGGUCCUGUCUUAGCUUAUGUUCACUGUACCUUAAGUACAGCUUGCUGUAUUGUUUUUUUAAGCAUUUCUGAUACAAACAAAUCCCUUGAAAAUUCCGGUUUGGCUUUGAUAGAGCUUUGACACAUACAUAUGGAUUCCUGCUGACAGACUUUAUGAUUAAAGUCAUAUGAAGCUGAUGAUCUAGCAACUUGUUUUUACUUUUCUGAAUUACAGUAUCAAUGGUUUUUGGAUUACAGUUUCAGGUAUGUUAUUGAAUUAAUUAAGGGGAAGGUGAGGACCAAACUAUUAGUGUAUAAUAAAUGACUGAAAUGUAAUAAAGCAAAGCUUUUAUGGACAAAUUAGAAUGCCACUUUGAAUUGUUUGUUGUGAAAUAACUUCAUAUUUAAAGCAACAGUGGCCCAUUAAAUGCAUUAUACAAAAUGUUGUACUGUCUAUACAAGACUAUCCCGUUACAUUUGUCAUUAUUUUUUUUUCUCACGGCUCAGAUUGCCAUCCUGAGCAAUUUCUCUCAGGGUCUUCCAUCAUACUGCAACACAGACCACAACUAGCAUCCAGCAGUUUUACCUGGAAGGCUGUCAUUGUGAAGCAUAAUGUACAUAUUCCAGCACUGUUGCAAAGAACGUCCUGCUGUAAGUAGGUCACAUGAAUAGCACUGUGCGGGCUCAGAGAUUUUAUCUUUUGAUGGAUGGAAAGAUUCCUUGAUACAUGCAGCUGCAACAGUGUUAAAAAGCUCCAAGGACGAUGGUGUUCAUGUGUGAGACAGCAAAUCACCACAAACAAACCAUUCCAGAUAAACUAGGGACCAAGUUGAGAAAAUGAGAGCAUCUGUAAGACCACAUAUACAGUAUCUUGGACUAAUGGAUACAUUCUGUAUGUAAACUAUCACUGUACUACUGAAACGUGGUGCAAAAAAGUGGAACAGUUCACACAAAUGCACACCAAAUCAAAGUCCCUGUCUUUGUGAUCUAAUCACUACCCACAGGCCACAUUAAGAGAUUCUUUUCUGUCCAAUAAAUAUAAAUAAUUAGACAUUUUUCCACCAAUAUCCUGCAUGUACAUUUUCAAGGCAUUUUCUACCCUAAAGUAAGUCCCAUAAAAUAAUGAAAAAAACCAAUGAACAUGUAAAGUAUCGUUUUCUGAAUAUUUCUUCAUAUGCUUUCUUGCGAGUUGAUUUAACAGUAGCUUAGACAAUCUUAAAAAUGGCACAAAUGUUUUUUUUUUAAUUUUUUAAGCAAGUUAAAGACUGUUCUUUUGCACUUGAACUCCCAUUUUGCAGUUGUGUAUUUUCUAUUUCUGUUUGAGCAAAUGGUGUCAAAAUGGGAUGUAUUAUUAUUAUUCUAUAUAAAAGAUUGAGUUCUGCUGCGACAAAAUGUUUCCAGAUUUCCAUGUGUGACUACAGUGUUGACAAAAAAAAAUAAAACUUGAAUUAGCUCAUGCUAUUGAAUUACAUGAAGUUUACAUUUGAAGGAUUUUAAUUUUUAAACAAUAAAAAAUUGGGCUUUUUAAAAAUUGCAUUUUAAUUAACUGUGCUGCCUAUACUCUAUAACUAAUCAAACAUUAAGACUUUUUUUUUCUUUUAAAUUGUGAUUGCCUUCAAAAAUCAGUGUGGUUUCUGAAAUAAAAAUAUAUAAUUUUUCAGAACAUAGGGAGCAUAUACCCAUAAUCCAGAAAAGUGAGCUUCAAUUUCUGAACUUGUUUUGAAAAAUAGAAUAUUAGGUCUAAACAUUUUAAUCUUCUGUAAUGUUGAUGUGGCUGGCCCAUUUGUUAUUCUUCACCAUUAUAUCGGUGUUGUGUUACUAACAAAUUAUUUUAUUGUCAUUGUUGAAUGAAAUCAGAGGUUUUGUGCAGUGCUUUUCAGAAGCCUAUAAUAAACAUGCAUCAUUUAUUUGCUUUGUACAAAGUGAUAUUUUGUACCAAAUAUUUCUAUGACAUUACGUGAUAAUCCUUUUUUUUAGAACACAAUGAUAACACGCAAUGUAACACUUGUACUGUAAGUCUAAGUGAAAAAUAUGGACAAUAUAACUCAUCUCAUGAUAUGAAAAGUUCACAAUAAUUAAAACAUAAUAAAUCUUUUUAAGAAAA